UAAGGCAUGUGUGCCGUGACCCGUACGUCACCUUUCGUUCUAAGUAUUGCAGCUCUGUGCAGCUCAGCUCAGCUCUGUACACUUUAAGGGUCUGAGGUUCACAUAGUGUUUAGCUGUUGUAGGUUGAUCUUGCACGAAGUCGGUAGACAACAAUAUGGCUAAGUACAACGUUAACGUAGAGAAGGAAAACAUACCGAGAGGCAAAAUAGGUCUUCAAUUCGUCUUGGCAGGGCUUGUUUUCCUGUUGGCAUGUCUUGUAGUCGUGAUCGUUCUUGUUUACGUCCAUAUGGCAGCGGCCAUUGCUGACCUGUCGCGCAGACUUGAGUCUGUGGAAGGCAGUCUCCGUUCUGCAGGAGACCUCAGUAUCAUUCCGGGAGGCAGGAGCGCCGAAGGGCAAGGCUACAAGUACGUACAAGACUCCGCCAAGAACAAGCAGUCCAUAGGACGGUCUCGCCGAAGUGAUUUGAAGGACAACCUGGCAGGCUCCUGUGAGUCAUACGAGCUCCAGUGCAGGAACAGAAACUGUGUCAAUACUGCUUUUGUGUGUGACCAGGAAGAUGACUGUGGAGACGGAUCUGAUGAAGAAAAUUGUGGUAUGGAUCCUUGUGAGGCACAUCUAUGCCAGAACAACGCCACCUGCCGGGCCAGGGUGGAUGGGUACACCUGUACUUGCACUAAAGGCUGGUAUGGAAAGUAUUGCCAACACAGUAAACUGCAGAAGAUAAGAAGGCUACGCCAUGGGAAGAGCUAUGGGAUGGUUUCAUUGCUGUCAGUGCACAUUCCAGCCAAGACGGAUACGAGAUCAACUAAACCUGGCGAAGUACAAAUGUCUUCCGGCCCGUUCACCCAUUGGCAGGACAUCGCAGAGAAACGGUUUGGAUUGAAGAAUGGUCAGCUAGAGAUUAAAGAGUCAGGAAAAUACUUCAUCUACGGCCAGCUUGACUUCGACAAAGAAGAGCAUCAUUUUCAGGCCAUAUAUUCCAUCAACAAGUUCCAGGAGCCACAGCUGACCUGUGUGUCGACCAUGUUCGGCAGCCCGCCCAGACACACGUGCUACACCGCCGGGGUGCUGGACUUAGAGGCAGGAGACAGACUGGUCCUCUCCGUGCAGUGUACACAAUGCUGGAUAUAUACAGACAACGAUACGACAUUCUGGGGUGCGAUCAAAUUGUCUGCUGAUGUCGAGAUUAACUAAGAAUAGUCAUUUUGACAUCAUAGAUAACGUUACUACCAUGUGGCCUAUGUACAAUUCGCGAAACCAACAAUAUAUGUGCACAUUGUACGUUUGAUUCUAUGAUUUUUUGGGAUAACGACACCGAUUCGUCUGCUGAUGUUGAGUUUAACUAAGACUAUUCCAUUUAAUAUCAUAUGUAACGUUACUGCCAUGCGACCUAUAUAUAUGUGUGUAUAUUAGUUAUCAAUAAUUUUGAGAAAACAACAAAACAUAUGGGUAUUGCAUGCUUGACUUCAUAUAGGACAUUGUCUAUAUAAUAUUUUAUCUUAUCCUGACAACACGUAAGACCCAUAUUUGCAAUCACCCAGCGAUCAUGCUUAAACCCUUUUCUACGUAUUUAGUAAAUUGUCACAGAAAAAUCCUUUCCAAAUAGUUGUAUAUAGGUCAUUUCGUUUUUAGAAAAGCAAACAUUCCUUUUUGUUGAUGCAAAUAUUUGGCAUAGCUUUAAAGACAGCAUAUUUGAAAUAUAAGAUUAAGACAUGUCUCUCUUUUGCUAUGUAGAACUCAUUGUUUGGUGUCCACAUUGUUCUAGGCUAUAAUUACCUCCAUGAAAUGUCAUGGAGGUUAUAUUUUCUGUUAUGUGUCUCUGUCUGUGUACAAGAUUACUCAAG